CGACUCGACUAGAGUCCCUGGUCGCCCUGGUCGUCCGACUAGUCGCCCUGGUCGGCCGAUUAGGCGCUCGAUUAGGCUGUUCUGGGCGACUAGGUUUAGGACCUAGGUUUUUUGAUUUUCUGGCUUCGUGGGCUUUUUUGGCGGGCGGCCCGACUACAGGCAGUUGAAACGCCACACGCCAGCCGCCUCUAUUGAAUUUUAGCCAGCCGCCUGCCUGUUCUGUCUUCUUAUCUUCUCUUUAUUUCCCUAAACCCUAAUUCCCUACCUGCUCGGCGGCUGUUCUUGAGUCCACUGCUCCCCUCCAGACUUCCAAUCCAGCACGUGGGGAAUCCAAUCUCGAGUUCCAGGCUUCCAGCACGCGCGAAUCCAGUUCACCGACGGACUCCAGACUUCUCCAGCACGCGCGAAUCCAGUUUUUUUCGUCGGCAUGAGUUCAUCUUCUGGAGGUAUUCUUUUGUAUAGUUCUGUUCUUCAAUCUUCAUCCUUCAUCCUUCAAUCAUUCAUCCUUGUAUGUGCUAUCUGCUGUGUCAUUCUGUAAUCUGGACUGGACUUCUGAAUUUUCAUUCUUGUACUCCAUCAGUCCAUCAGAUCAGUCCAUCCUUAUUCCUUAUUCUUGUACAGAGUUUGGUCGUCGUCGUUAGGAUAAUGUUGAGGUGAUAUUCCCAGAAUCACAUGUUGUGGGCAGCGGCAAUCCAUCUUCUGUUGCGGAUAACACAGUUCUUGCUUCAGCAUCAUCAGCCUCAGCCGCUGCAGAUUCUGCAGCUCUCGUUGAUAAGGCUAUUGCAAAGUUGCCUGCUGAUGUUCGUGCACACGCAACUGAUUCAAAGAGAAAGGCCAAAUCACAAGAUCCUGGUUGGAAGUUUGGAUGGUGGCCAGAUCCUACCAAGAAAGAUUUCAUCCGAUGUAUUUUCUGUUUGAAAGUUGUUCCUUCUGGGAUUAAAAGGUUCAAACAGCACCUUGCCGGUGGAUUUUCUGAUACGACAAAAUGUUCAAUGGUUCCAGAAGUAGUUUCGAAGGACAUGUAUGCUUAUUUGAAAAGGAACACAAGGCUUGUGCUUUCUGUUGAAAGUGAGGAAGGAGGACAGGAACAUGGUGAUGCUACUGAACCUGAACCAAGUUCAGGGACAAAGCACAAGCAAGCGAAGAAGAAAGCAACUCAAGCCGCCAUCAGCUCUUUUGUUGUUUCAGCUCAUCCCACCCAAAACCAAAAGUCUGGCAAGUCAGUGGCUGCCAUGUUUUGCAAGACGCCAGAAGAAGUUGUUGCUGACAGGCAUAAAAAUAAAACCACUCAGUCAACUCUUGAAGCUUGCACAAAGAAAGGAAAGGAAGCCAAGCAAAUUGUUAACGACCAUGUCGCAGAUUUUCUAUAUGAGAACAAAAUACCAUUGCACGUCGUCAAUUCAAGGAGCUGGGAGGUUAUGUUGGAGUCAAUUGGGCAAUUUGGUCCUGGAUACCGUGGUCCAUCGUACCAUGAUGUUAGGGUGCCUUGGCUUGAUAGGGCUGUCGAUAGGACAACAACAUUAAGGUCGAAGCAUGAACAAGCUUGGAAGGAAUAUGGCUGCUCAAUUAUGUCAGAUGCAUGGACCGAUACAAGACAGCGGCAUUUGAUCAACUUUCUUGCUAAUAGUCCUGCAGGGACAUUCUUUUUAGCUUCUGUUGAUGCAUCGAUUGAGAUAGCUAGUGCUGAAUUGUUGGCAGAUCUACUAGAGAAGCAAAUUGACAGUGUUGGUAGAGAACAUGUCGUCCAGAUAGUAACUGAUAAUGGAUCUAAUUUUAAAGCAGCAGGAAGGGCUCUUGUGAAAAGAAUUCCACACCUAUUUUGGACGCCUUGUGCUGCUCACUGUUUGGAUUUAUUGUUAGAGGACAUCGGAAAAAUCAAGGAAUUCAAUGACUGUAUUACUAUGGCAAAGAGGGUGUCGAGGUUCCUCUACAAGCAUGGACGACUUCAUAGCCUAAUGAGGGAGAAGCUAGGUGGAGACCUUGUUAGGCCAGGUAUUACUCGGUUUGCAACAUCAUUCCUCACUUUGGCAAGCAUGCAAAAACAUAAGAAUGGUCUGCGCAGUUUGUUUAUUUGUGAUGAGUGGCAGCAUUCUAAAUUCUCUACCAGUCAAGAAGGUACGCAAGCUGAGAACAUUGUCCUCUCUGUAGGGUUUUGGCAAAACUUGGAGAAUUGCCUAAGGGCUUCACAACCCCUUCUCAUUGCUUUACGGAUUGCUGAUGGUGAUGAGACACCAGCAGCUCCAGAGAUCAUGGCAGCAAUGGGUAAAGCACGAGACACCAUCCAGGAAGCACUGAAAGGGAAGCCUAGACUACUUAAAGAAGUAUUGGCACGUUUCGAUAAAAGAUGGGAUCAACAAAUGAAGCAACCAUUGUAUGGAGCAGCACUGUUUUUGAAUCCAGGGAAAUUCUUCUCCAUUAGGGAGAAAGACAAGAAGCAAGCUGGAAUUCUGAGAUCUAUGUUCAAUGAUGUGAUGUGGAAAAUGAUCAGUGAUGAGGAAGAACAAACUAAAAUAAGUAAUCAAGCAGAUGACUACGAGAGGUCCGAAGGGGAAGCAUUCUCAAAACCUGGAGCUAUAAGAGACAGAGAGAGAAAAAAUCCUAUCUUAUGGUGGGGUGCCUAUGGAGGAUUGGCAUAUGAACUCCAAAGCCUUGCAAAAAGAAUUAUAAGCCUAUGUUGCUCAGCAUCUGGUUGUGAAAGAAACUGGAGUGAUUUUGCAGCAAUCCAUACAAAAAAGAGAAACAGACUGGAGCACAAGAGGCUAAAUAAAUUGGCCUAUGUAAGCUACAACAGGAAGAUGGAUAAUAGGUUCACAAAUAUAAGAGAGCUAGGUUCCAAGGGAAAGAGAAGCAAUCCACUGUUGCUUGAAGAGUUUACAUGGCAAAAUGAAUGGGUUGAAGAAGAAUCUGAUGGUGAUAACAUUUGGGAUGCCGUGGAUGAAGCUCUAGGUGCAAGUCAGGGUCUCCGAGGCCGAAAUUUGCCUAGGAUUGCUGCUGCUGCUGGUUCCUCCUCUCAAACCCAGACACAAACCUAUGUUAGAACCAGAAAAAGACCCAGAAAUGCAGCAGCUACAGCUCAAGACAUACGUGAAGAAGAUGACAAUUCUCCUGCUGAAGAUGAACAAGAACAAGAGACAGCAAGACAAACGAAUGAUGAUGAAGAUGAAGGCGGACAAGAAUCAGGUGGAAGGGGAGCUGCAGGUGAUGAAUUUCAGUUGGAUGAAGAUCUUCUUUAGGUAACUGGGUGGUAAUGUGUGUUGUGUGAUACUGGUAUCUGGGACUUGUAGUAUUAAUAACUAGUAAGUGUUUCUCUGCUGUUUUCACUUUUCAGUAUUGCUGAAUUCAUGUCAUGUUUACCCUAUCCUUCAUAAUAUAGUAUAUGAAGUUCAUAUAUACUAUAUAUUUACUAUAUAGUAUAAUAGUAUAUAUUAUAUAGUAUAUACAUAGGUCCUGGUCUCCUGGAUGAACAGGACGACCAGUAAACGACCAGGUCGACCAGAGCUCGAUUAGUCGGACCUAGUCGACGACUAAUCGAGAUUAGUCGCUGGUCGGUCUCCCAGUUCGACUAGCUGGUCGAGCGACCAGAAAACAUUGCUCCCGGUAUGCGGGUUACUGUAAACGUGACGGUACACCACCGCGUACGGUCUCUUGCGUUACCCGAGUAAUCCAUGAGGAUUGCUUGGGGGUAUAUUCGCAGUUUUGGGACAGACCCUUUUUGCGAUGGUUGCCAUGGUUCCUGACUCUUGUUGAGGACCGAAUUCUCAGGCGCGCGCAAGCGCAUUUGCUAGAUGUAGCCCCUGGCCCCCAAGUAAUCCAUGAGGAUUGCUUGGGGGUUUAUUC